AAAAAGAAAAGUAAAACCGACCGUGUCCACCUGCCAACGAAAACCACCGGUACCAACAGACUGGGAGCGAUUAUAAAACCAUUAACCAAUUUUUAUAUUUAAUAAAAAAGACUAUACAGACCGAACCUUAUCCAAAGCCGCACGUCAAGCCAUUAUAAAUAACUCCCCAGUGAUUGGUAUAGAACCAGAGAUAACCAAAAUACGAAAGAGAAAGAAGAAAUAACCGGAGAUAACCGAAAGCUAGAGAGAGUGAUUAAAUGGCGGACAUAGCGAUUUUGGUGGCGGAGGAGUAUGAGCGGAGGGUUAAACAGACGGGGGGUUCGAGAUCGGCGUCGUUGGAAUUUGAUUGGUGGAAGAAUGUUCCGACGAAGAUGAGUAUAGGAAUCAACGAGAAGAAGAUUGAGAGUUUGAUGAAGAAGUUUGAUGCUAAAUCUCAGUUUGCUCUCGCCAUCUCACAUGGCUUCUUCUCUCCUUGAUUCCUUCCACUUUGUUCAUAUCUAAAUUUCCUUUCUGAUUUCUUUUUUUUUAAUGUAUUUAUGAGUUUAUGUAAAAUAAGUAAAUAUCUGAAUGAAUCAAAUGUAAUUUUCUGUUAUUUAAUCAAACUUUGGAUAUGAUAAAACA